UCUUGUCUCCUCGCCACCCGCACCACCCCUCUCGUCUCCCCAUCCCCAUUUCCUCUCUCCUCCUCCCUUUAUUGCAAUUGGAAGUUGAGCUCGAUAGAUGACCUCUUGAGUGUAAAACUCAGCUCAUAUUUUCUUCUUAUCCCCACCCUUUCUCAUUUGUGUUCACCAGCAGAAGUAGGAAGUUUUUUUAAAAAAAAUGACAGGAGGACCUCAUGGCGUGUUGCUGCUGCUUCUCCUGAAUGUCUUCCGAGUGCAGCCAUCCCUGACCGAGUCUCACUCUCUGCUCUAUCAGUACAAUCUCAAUCAUGGGGACAAAGACCUACCGGAGUACAGUGUCCUGGGAAUUUUGGAUGACUGCGAGAUAUUCUAUUUUGACAGCAAUAUGAAAAUAACCAUUCCAAGGCAACAAUGGUUGGUGGACGCAUUUGACAAGGCUUACUGGGAUGAGUGCACUAUCACUGAAGUUGGGUUCCAUGGACUAAUCAAGGGACAGGCUGAUGGAUGGCUCCAGAAAGAAAAUCAAACAUCACGUACCCAUUACCUACAAGGACUAUUUGGCUGUGAACUACAUGAGGCCACUCCGAGUGAAGGGAUUUUGAAGUUUGCUCUUGAUGGCAAAUACAUCCUCAGCUUUGACAAAGAUGCAUUAGUUUGGAUUGUACAUGAUCCAGUUGCAGAGGAAUUCAAAACAAAAUGGGAUAAGGAAACAAAGCUGAACCAUUACUUCAAGAAUCUGCUGGAAAAUGAUUGUAUAGAUCAAUGGAAGGCAAUCUAUUUCUUUGGAAAUGCCUCUUUAAGCAGAAAAAUUUCUCCUGAGGUCUCACUUAUUGCCAAGGAUGGCCAUCACUGGUUCCUGCACUGCAUUGUGAUUGGAUUUUACCCACAGUCCAUCAAUGUGACCUGGUUGAAGAAUGGAAAACAUGCCGAUGAGACGACCUCUACUGGGUUAUUGCCCAAUGAAGAUGGGACUUUCCAACUGAAGACAACCCUCCAAUUUGACCCGUAUGAUGGCAACCAAUAUGCUUGUCAUAUUGAGCACAGCAGCAUCCCGGGUGGAAAGACUGUCCUGUGGGAAGGAAAAGUGAAGGAUAGCAACAAUGUGGGGAUGAUUGUCUUGGCUGUACUCGUUUCACUAGCAAUCAUUGUUAUCAUAUUUAUAUGGUGGAGAAGACGAAGAGAUUACAGUGUUGUUUAACCAGUGCCUUAGAAGGUUAAAUGCUAGAAUUGACAGCACGGACAGACCGAAAUUGACAAUUACUUCAUAACUAUGGUUGUUUUAAUUGCAAAUCAUUUUAUGCUUGUUUUCUCUUUUAAUAAUUUUACUGAAACAUCAAUCAUUUGCUCAAUUUUGGAAAUGACCAUUUACAAGUUUGAUCUUCAAUUGUAUUAACUUAUUGUACAAAUUAUCUAACAACAACUAGAAAUUUCUGGCAUUUUAACAUGUGUGUUGUGAAUAUUAUUACACUCCUGACAUUUCCUAGAUAAUUACCUCAGGUAGAGGCUCUGAAAUUGUGGGGUUAGAUAAUGAUUAUGUUCAAUCAGUGGGCAUGCAACUGAGGAUCACAAGCAUUUGACAUAGUUACCAGUGAACAAUUGCAUCCAUGCUUCAGUAGGUCAGGAGAGCUCUGAGGUGACUUCUCCCUUUUAUAAAUAUAUAUGUAUCACCUCUGUUGCCAACAGGAAGAUUCCAAUGGAAAUAAAACUAAGAGACCUUCUCCAACCUGUGGUCAAUCUUCAGCUGUCAGUAUUUAAAUGGAGUUCAUCUCCUGAAAAUCAACACAUACUAUAAAGGUGUUUUCUGAGUGUUUCAGAGGGAAGCUUUAAAAGUGACUGGAGACAACUGCAAACCUUGCAUAAGUUGACUUUACCCUUUUCAGAGACUUGUUUCAUCCUUCCAAGCAAAUUAAUCUCCAUAUGCAUUGGAAAAAAAAAACCCACAGCAGAUUGGGAGUUUUUUUUUAUUCUUUUCUUUUUUCAAUUUUUUUUCUC